CAAAUGAGAUGGGGUGGUCAGGCUCAAACAAUAUCGCUGGAAUAUUGCGCCUUUUAACAAAUGCACAAAUCCUAUUGAAGCGAUUGCACUGAGUGAAACUAGAUUCCUAUUGUUCAGACGCCGCAACCAUCUGCUUGUUGAGUAUAGAUCUGACACAGAUGUGUGUGCAGAUAGAUACCUGAACACGUUUCAUGAACGUCUGAGUUACCCACGCUGUCACAGUUCAACAUGCAGUGUGUUGUUUAAAAUCGUUUUAACUCCUUCACCUGGCCACCGAUUAGACAGUUCUGUACAUUUCAACAGGUGUGACAUGUGCCUUAAACACAGUGAAUAUGUUAUGUGAGCAGUAGACGAUGUGUUCAACCCUCUGACCAACAUCCUCCAUCAGGCUGCUUCAACAGCGGCGACAGAUGGAGCGACACAUCGCAUGUCGGCAGCCAGGAGGUCGAUACUGUCACUGGGAUAACUACUGCUGCUGGGGAACGCUGGAUUAAAUAUAUACAGCAGGAAGACCAGGUAUUGCCAGACAAAUAGCUACCAUUCACACGGACUGGUCUGAUGAUGAGAGGUGAAUGUGAAACUCCACCUCGCUGAAGACAUGUAGAGCCUUGCUGUAGACGUCAACGGAAGCACAAGACAUCCCAGGUGAUUACCGACACUAGCUCCAGGAGGGCGGGAUCAUCGGCAGCCUCGCAUCAAUGCUCAUCACUGAUGGUGGGGGAGAAAUGAUGGCUGCCUAAACCAUAAAUGUACCAUCUCCCCAUCCAAAUGCACCUUCAAGUAACACUACGUAACUAGGAACAGAAUAGCGAGGGCUGAAGUUCCCCUCCAACUCGUUUGACAUCUAUCUCGCUUGAUACCAAGAACCACAUGGGCACACGCUGCAAUCACUGAUGACUGACCAGCCCUCUACGAUCAACACCCGCAAUCCAAAGAUAGUGUAUUCACCAAGGUCUAUCAGUACCCACCCGACAUACAAGAAUCCCAAACGACCAGUCACGAUGUUUGUUAAUACAUUCAUGAAACACCUGAAGCAGGAGUACUGGGCUUACAUCGCCCUGUUUGGCAUCAUGUCUCUCUACAGCGGCGUCAUGGUCGCCGUGUUCGGCUUCACCGACAUCGUACACGCGUCAGGCGGGGAGAUCGAGUGGUUCGGCAUCUUCCUGAUUCUGGGAGGUAUUGCCCUCAUCAUCACUUCCGGAAUCCUCUACCAUCGGAAGUCGCGGCGCCUACGGCCGUGUAUCUGUUGCGGCAUGGACAUGGACGACACGCCCGAGUUUCCGCCCAGGAACAAGAAGCGUCUGCGCUUCGCACCCAACUUGAUAUCGCCUUAUUACGAAAAGGUAAAGCAUGAGGAACGGCGGCAGACAUUGCCCGCAGUCAAAGCUCCUAUUGUCCGUUUUCAAAGAAGCUCGUCCGAUAUAGAAACGGCCGACAUUGUGAGCGCCGAGGAACAAAAGGGAGACAACUCGGAGGGCAGUAGCACAACUUUGAUAACGGACCUUCGACGUCCUCAGGUCACCAAGUGUUGAAGGUACACAGAGAUAAGCAAACUGUACACAUAUCAUUCAGCCGCUACAUGCUUUGUGGAAUCGGAAUAGGUUAUCUGGCGAUUGUUGCCAUCGUUCUGAGUAAAAUGCGACAGCUGGAAAUGUGUUACAUUUGAACAAACUUUGUAGGCUGCUCAACCUGUGAGUUCUGAAAUUGAUAUGAUCUGCCAUUGAUCGUCAUUGAUAGCCAACAGACCCGAUUUCCCGUCAUGUGACAUAUAUGUGACACCUCAUGCAUAUCGUCACCGACAGUAACGGCGUUCACGUGCCUUUGUACCACUGUGCCGUACUUUCUUCUAGGCAGAGAGCGACCUGACGGCCGUGACCUUCACAGCACUAUGGGUCAGAUUGACGGCCUGACGUGGUUGACCGGAUCUUGCGGUCUGAUACUUUAAUAACUGAAUUAGAAUCGUGCAAUAAUGUGUGUCACAUCAUAAAUAAAAUGUGUAAUAUAACAAAGAAACUGUAUCUAACUAAUACAUUUGUCCUAUUCAUAUAAAAUAUGUGCAAUUCCUUUGUUAUAUAACGAUGUCAGGUUAAUUGAUGAAGAAAGAACAUCGAGAGUAUCUCCAAGCAUCGAACCACGCACCUGCUGGCGCCCUUGUUUGGUUGUUCAACUCUUGCAUCAGAGGCACCAGAUGUAUGAAUAUUGUAACGACUCCAGUGUGAUGCCUCCUUGUUGAAGUGAAAGCUCCCUUCAUAGACAGGGAGGUUUUGUUUUCUUUGUUAUCUUCACGUGUUGAUAGUUUAAAAUGGCUUGACUUUACGGACAAGUGAUGCGUGUGUUUGGUGUGGAGACACUGGAUGAUAUUGAGUUGUGUGAUCAAUGUUACAGUGUGUGGGUGACACCAGUUGCCGGUCUUACAUCGCACCUUACGUCGCACCUGUCGUCGUGCCGAGAUGCUGCUACAUCAUGGAUCGUCACGUGCUUCACAAACUGUGGAAUGUUUAAACAUUUGAAUAUUGAGUUACGUGUAUAUUUGUUCCAGUUAUUGUUGAUAUUUCGAGCGUUGUUAUUAUGUAUUCUUGACUUUCAUGUUCAAUUUUUAUACUUGAUAACUAUUUAAUAAAAUCGACUGAGGUCUGGAUGGUUCUCUCCACUGCGGGAAUCGUGUCUCAGAGUUGCACAGA